GGCCGGGGCGGGCAGAGCCGGCGAGGCGCGGAGGGGAGAGAGAGGCGGCCCGAUGGGGCGGCCGGCCCGCAGCCUGGCCCCGCUCCGGCUGCUGCUGCUGCUGGCGCUGGGGCACGCCUGGACUUACCGGGAGGAGCCGCAGGACGGCGACAGGGAGGUUUGCUCCGAGAAUAAAAUCGCCACCACCCGCUACCCCUGCCUGAAGUCCACGGGCGAGCUCACCACCUGCUUCAGGAAAAAAUGCUGUAAGGGUUAUAAGUUUGUUCUUGGACAGUGCAUCCCUGAAGACUAUGAUGUCUGUGCUGAAGCUCCUUGCGAACAACAGUGCACAGAUAAUUUUGGACGGGUCUUAUGCACUUGCUAUCCUGGGUACCGCUACGACCGGGAGAGGCACAGGAACAGAGAGAAGCCGUAUUGCCUGGAUAUCGACGAGUGUGCCACCAGCAAUGGGACGCUGUGCUCUCAGAUCUGCAUCAACACCAUGGGCAGCUACAGGUGCGAGUGCCAUGAAGGCUACACCCGUGGGGAGGACGGCAGGACAUGCACCAAGGGAGAUAAAGCUGGGCUUCCUGAGAAAUCUGAAAGUGUGGCGAAACCAGGGACAUGCUGUGCCUCUUGUAAGGAGUUUCAUCAAAUAAAGCAGACAGUUUUACAGCUGAAGCAAAAGGUUGCUUUGCUACCAAAUAAUGCUGCUGAUCUUAGCAAACACAUCACUGGUGAAAAAGUGCUUGCAUCUAACGCUUAUAUCCCUGGCCCCCCAGGCCAGCCUGGCCAACAAGGUCCUCCAGGGGCCCCAGGACCGAAAGGGAGUCAAGGAGUUCCUGGGUCACCUGGACCUCCCGGACAGCCAGGCCCCCGCGGAUCAAUGGGACCCAUGGGCCCAUCUCCAGACAUAUCCCAUAUUAAGCAGGGCAGACGGGGCCCUGUGGGCCCACCAGGAGCACCGGGGAGAGAUGGCAGCAAGGGGGAGAGAGGUGCACCAGGACCAAAGGGGAUACCUGGCCCACCAGGUUCAUUUGACUUCUUACUGCUGAUGAUGGCAGACAUCAGGAAUGACAUCGCUGAGCUGCAAGAGAGAGUGUUUGGACACAGGACUCAUUCAUCAACAGAGGAGUUUCCAUUACCUCAGGAAUUUACAAACUAUCACGACACAGUGGAUUUUGGAUCUGGAGAAGACUACAAACCGCGGACAUCACCCAGAGACUCCAGGAUACAGAAGGCAGCCCAUCCUUAGCUAUGCCUACUGACAAAUAGACCCCCUUUAGAGUUCUUCACUAUAAAAAUGCACUGACAAUGUAAAAUAUAUAUAUAUUAUUUCUCAGUUUUCUCUUUGCUUUUCCCCAACCAUGCUGCCUGUACUGUAACUUUCCCAGUUCAUGGUGGCCUCCCUGCAGUAAUUCCAUACCAUCAAGCCUGCACCGUGCAUUGUAUCUAGACUAUCAGGAAAACCUUCUCAGUGUAUUGGGCUAGCAGGACUAAGGCAUACACUAGUUAAUGGGGCAGACCACAGCAUCUCAUCUGCCUACCUUUGGUUCUGUGUUCAAAUGACCCAGUACCUAGAUUUUGCAGGGGUAGGGGAGUAGCUGAACAUCAUCCCUGAAAGACAUCAGAAAUGGAAACCUAGGUCCAUGGUUACUUUAUACAUGUAAAUGAAUUAUACCACUGAACUCAAGUCUCCAGCUAGUGUCCCCGGGUUUAGGAGAGUGUGAAAAGUGGAUCUCUGUUUCACAGCAGAGGUCAGCUUUAUGUGAAUUGUCUCCUUCUUUAUGCCCACUUUGGCACAAAAAAGCCAAAAAAACAUGAUGAAGCAAUGAUAUAAAGAUACUGCUUGUUGAUCUAGAAAUGAUUUGAGGGGAUCUAGUGACCUUCUAAAAGGCAUUCACAGAACUGGAACGCAGGAGUUACAGUGUAUUUGGCUGGGUAUAGGAGGAGUGGUAGGUGCAGGAGUGCACAUGAUGAAACAUUUCAAGUGGUACGAGCAUAGCUAAGUUGAGGUACUGCACAGGGGAUCCUGUAUUUCUGAAGAGGGAUAAAAGGGAGUACCCUUGUUUUUUACACUGGAAAAUUGGAUGCACAAAGUUAGACCAUACCUCAUGAAUGAUGUAUGUUAACUUCUUUUUUUUUUCUUUUUUUUUCUUUUUUUUUUUUCUUGGAUUUCCACAGCUGCUGAGGACUUUGCCAUGCUUAGAAGAUAAAGGAGAAUAUUAAGCACAAAACUGCAGUGUUGUAUCUGUGUAGCUGCUGUUUCUACCAUAUGUUUAGUACUGGGUUCUGUCCAUGUUACAAAUGCAAAGAAAAUCUUAUUUUGCCAUGUUUUCCAUGGCUUGCAUGUUCUAGUAAAAUAAAUACUAGUAAAAAUAUAAGCAGGCCCUUUUCGGAUAACAUGGAAAGGUUUGGAUCCCUUUCCAUAUUCUCUGGGCCAAAAGAUAGUUGGUGUAAUCCCUACCACACCAGAACAGGUCAUGUUGUAUAAACAGCUGGCUGUCUAGACCUUUUAUAUCUUUUGUAUAUUAUCUUAAGGGGAUAUGUUAAUUCUUGUAAUUGUUUCCCAACUCCUCACUAUAAGUAUGCCACAAGCAAGGGCAUUAGCUUUAAGAACACUAAUGUUCUUUAUUCCUCUUCACGUUACACAUACAUCAGUAUUUACAAAGCAAUGACUAAGUCACUGGUAAAGCUUAGAAAAAAUGAUAGUGCUCUCACCCUAUGAUCUUUGGGCUUCUCCUCUGGAAGGAGCUCACCGAGCAGCUACAGAUCCAAGUAAUCUUGUGAAUGAGGUAAAGGGGAAAUCAGUGAGACUUGGGGAAGGAACUUGUGGCCAAAGGAAGGAUGGUUUUAUACAGAGCAGACUAAAAAAAAAAAAAAUCUCUAAGGCAGCAAUCUGAGGCAUGUAUGUGUUAUUUUCUUAAUUUUAAACAGGCAACUAUGUAUAAACAAUAUAGUUCAUGAAUACGCAAUAAGCACAUUUGUCAAAUUAUGUAUUUGUAAUCCUUGCAAAUUAUGUAACUCUUGGCUGCGUUUACCACCACCACCCAUGACCUGCUGGAUCAGGUUGAUUUCCACAACAGAAGUAGCAGCUGCAGUUAUUUGGACCAUCAGACACUAAAUAAUAAGUUAAACAACUCGCUUCCUACAUACGGACUGCAUUUUAUUGCCCUGUGCCCACAAGGAAAAUGUGUUCUAAAAAAGGCACUUACUUGAGUUCUAAACUCUGCUUUUCCACAAGUACCAAAUGAGAAGUUUCUACAUUGAAAGCUUGACCAUUGAAUUCAGGGGAAGGCAACAAUAUCCUGCUUUGCAUAAGUAUUUAGGGAACUUCUUAGAGUGGCUCAGAAAAGUAGAUAAAAUACAUGCCUCACUCUGAGUGCAGGAAGCUGUCCUACAGACUUGAGAACAUAAAAUAGGGUGCAUUUUUACAUGCCUGUUUGAAUGAUGAGCUCAAUAACUUCCCUUUCUGGAGUCUGCAAGUUUUUUCACAGCCCAGAGCUGUUUUUGUUUUUGUUUUGCAGCAGACAUGUUUCCUCCAUAAAAAGGUGAAGGAAAGAGCUCCUUGAAUUUGUCCUUGUGCUUCACACUCCUCUUUCCACAGACUCCUUGCCCCAAAGUGCUGUUGGCUGAGUCCCGGCAGCAGUGAGAGGACACCAUGGUAAGGCCAAAUCCACCCCACGAGACACAGGAAUUCCUCCAGCAGGGAGAGCCCCUCUGAGCACAGCUAUCUGGGAAUGUUCAGCCUUCUGUCUGCAUCCGGCUAAGAUCUUUGUGUAGACUUUUAUAAUUUUAUUUCUCAUUAAUUGUAUGAUAGCUUUCAUAACGUAUUGUAUCAGAAACAUUUCACUACAAUUUCUAGAGAAAUACAUACAGACAUUCAGAUAGAAAAAAUGAUGAUUUCUUCAGCAUACCCAAAGUUUUAUAAAGCCAGACCAGAGGAGUCGUUUCCAAUUUUAAGCCUGGUUACCAGAGAGAGGGAAGUCAUUACCUUGUAAAUUAUUUAUUACUCUGUGGCUCCAAAAAUAACUACCCAAGAAUCCAAAAUAAGAAUGUAGAAACAUCUACACGUCUAGUCAUUACUAGGCUCAUGCACAUGACAACUUUGUUUCAUAUAAAUACUAUGUAUAAUUUUAUUAGAAAGAAAUAUUAUUUUGAUGUUAAGACAUCAAGUUAUAAGCAGAAGGAUAAUAAAGAGUUUGUUAUUUUAUUAAUAUUGGAAAUAUAUUUAAUGGAAACAUUUGCAAGAGUGUGUAGUGAUGGGAAAAUACUGGUUGUUAAUAAGUUUAACAGAAUCAUAAAGCUUGGAAAACGUUCUUUCAACACUGUGCCAGGUACAUACAGGAUUAGUCUUUCUUGCAAAGCUGAAAUACUGACACACAGAAAUUGCUAUAUGGUCAGGGUAAACCAGGAAAAGGAUUGGAAAAGUGAUCGUAAAUGGAAUUACAAUAAUCCCUGGAGUUAUUGUUGGCAUCACAGCUUGAGUAACGUUCUUCCAAGAAGUAUUUCAGAGUUAAUAUGUUAAGCCCCAGAGAAGCAACAAAAGAUGAGGUGGGGUCCAAGAAUUUGUUAAUUUCACAUAAAAAUCCGUAUGUUUGUUCCUAUUACACAUUCCAAUAACCAUACAGGCCAUUUUAUUUAUAUAUGAAAUACUAAAAUAUGUAUAAAAUGAUUGUGAUUUUAUGAUGUAUUCGUAACAACAAAGAUAUUUUUUCUUA